AUGAACGCAACCGCGGAAUCCAUGCUUAUUCACCGCUGUUAUUGUGCUUGGGGAUCUAACAAAUACGUCCUGUAUCCGCUCGCUUUCGCAGCUUUUGUCUUAAAUGGUUUCGAUCUAGGAUGUGUUAUUUCUAUCACCAUUGGGCACAGCGACCCCUCAAAGGAUUCCAAUCGCAUCCUUUUGCUGAAGACCCAACCAAUGGAUAUAGGGGUGUCAAUAGCUAUUGCCGUUUUACAUGUCAUACUGACGUUCAUGACCGGAGGCCGGAUUUGGUGGAUCGGUUACCAAUACAAACGUAUAGUUGGAGAGGAACCCCACGGAGGGAGGUACAACCAAGUUGUGGCUAUAAUCACGGAAUCCGGAUUACUUUAUGCAAGCACCUUAUUGGUGAUGGUUGCUGUAAAUUCCACGUUCACGACGAAUCCCGCCGUCAGGGGGUUACUUCCCUUCGAUGUUGGGGUCAUAUCGGGAUUGAUGUCUGGCCUUGCUCCGAAUCUGAUCAUCGUUCGGGUAGCGUAUGGGAAACCCAAGGAUAGUGUCCAACAGAUGAUGUCUUCGUUACGGUUCCGUGCGGCCGAAGAACGGUCCCAGGACAGUGAUUUGCAAAGUUCUGCGACUGCCACCGCCACAAGGCGAGCCGGGACCGACCUUCAACUUCAACGACAGAAUCGUCUCGGUAUCAGUGGUUCUACUAGGCGUGCUGCAUCUCUGUUGAACUUACCAGCUGCGCGUCACCGCAACUCAAGGGUGGAUGUACCGGAUGUUUACCGCCUGGCACAGCUGCCUCAGUGCGAGGAUGUCAGACCGCGUAAUGAGUCUGUAUAA